AUGACCCCCGAGUUGGACCAUCGCGGUGUCAUGCUUCAGGUUAAGCAACCGUUGACACUCCGAGGUGACGGCCUGCAGCGUCAUGGAUGGGUCCUGCUCGAUGCGGCUGAGGAGUCGGCGAUUCCAUCAACCGACUGUGGGACGCUCGACGCAGCCGGUGAAGCCAAAGAUGUAGUUGAUAGUCGCUCCCGUUCCGGGCUGGCCAAGCAAAACCAGUCUGUUGCUUUUGCGCGGUUGAUACAUCAACGCUUCAGUCGGCAAACUGCCACUCGUAACGCAGUAUCUAACCCCAGUCGUCCUAGUCGUGGCGGUGGCAGAGCGCGUCACAGUGGGGCUGAACGCGGCUUGCGAGGCUCGCAUCAAUCUACUGCAAGCAAACGUGCAAGGAAAUAUUGUCAAUAUUCAAAGCGGGGGUGUGAUGAAGAUGACGAACAGGUAGACGAAGGGACGAAGGCUUCCAAAGAAGUCUCAAUAUUCAGCUCCGGGAUGUCCUGCGUUCUGGCUUUCGAGCCGUCAGAACAGCAUUCAAAUAGGUCAUCGAGCAAAGCGGAUAGCGAUGAGGACAGCAUCGAUUCCGAGUCCCCUGAUGAUCGCUGGUCACUAUCCCGUGCGAAUUCUGUACAUACAACUAAACGCGGCAAGCUACAACUUUCGUUGUCCCGUGCGUUUCAGGGUGUGUUUCCGCAUUUUUAUCUCGAAGGCAUGGAUUCAAAUUCAGACAAGCGUUCCUUCGAUCCUUAUUUCGACGCCUGA